ACCGUGGGAGAGGUGUUUCCCCCACAAUCGAAGAGGACGACAGGUUUCAGUCAAACGAGUCUGUUUCCCAUUGACGUAACCAUUUGACUGCUCCCUUUCCCUUUCUCUUUCUCUAGACCGUUCGUCUCUCUUUCCUCCGUGUCACUAUGAGCAACAAAGACGAGGCUCUUAGAGCCAAAGGGCUAGCAGAAGACUGGAUGAGUAAAUCAGACUUCCCCACUGCUCGUAGAGUCGCUGUCAAGGCUCAGAAGAUGGACGAGACGCUUGAGAACAUCGCUCACAUGAUAAUGGUCUGCGAUGUUCACUGCGCGGCGCAGGAGAAGUCAGGUGACGAGACUGACUGGUACAAGAUUCUUCAGGUUGAGUACAACGCAGACGACAACGCCAUCAAGAAACAGUACAGGAAGUUCGCGCUUCACCUCCAUCCUGACAAGAACAAGCUCCCGGGCGCCGAAGCUGCUUUCAAGAUGAUUGGGGAAGCUCAGAGGGUUCUCUUGGAUAAAGACAAGAGGAGGCUUCAUGACAUGAAACGCAAACCUUUUAAGAGGCAUGCACCAGGAGUACCUUCUUAUCAACCACAGCCACAACAACACGCUCCUCCGCCUAGGCCUUUUUACACUGCGCCUGUCUUUAAUGCGGCGAGGAGCAGCUUCACGAAACAGGCGAAACCUCAAGCUCAGGCUCCUCAACCGGCUGGUUUUAGCGAAAGCAGGACCUUUUGGGCCUGUUGCGCCUUCUGUCACAUAAAGCAUGAGUGUGUGAAGGAGUUUCUACACAAGCAAGUGAUUUGUCCGAGCUGUGGCAAGCUGUCCGUUGCUUUUCAAACCGCUUUUCAGGCUCCACCGGCUCAGCCGACUUUCUCCUUCUACCAACAGAGCAAGGCUCCAGCUCAAGAGGCAGCAGCGCAUAAGCAGCAGCCGGAGAGCUCUGUCAGAGUCGCCCCAAGGAAAGAGGCUUCUAAAGCAAAAAGCUCUGGAAGUUCUGCUGAGCACAUCAAUGGAAACGGAAAGAGGAAGAAGAUAGUUGAAUCUGAUGACAGCGAGGGUAGCUUUGAGUGUGAAGAAGUUGCAGCAACUGGUGGACAGCGUUCUGGGAGGUCUGUCCGUAGCAAGCAGAAGGUUUUAUAUGAAGAGACCUUGCCCAAUGGGAGAAACAGGAAGGAGAAGGCUAAAGAUGACCAAGUGGGAAGCUCAAGGGGAUCUCGUGCCUCUUCAGGGAUGGCAUCAGACAUGGAGAUUCUCCAGUGUGCUGAUCCUGACUUCACAAACUUCGACAAGUUAAGAGAAGAGAGCUGUUUCAAAGCUGGUCAAAUAUGGGCAAUGUACGAUGACAAGGAUAAAAUGCCUCGUUACUAUGCCAACAUCAGGAAAGUCAUAAGGAAACCUAACUUCACGCUCAAGAUAACGUGGCUAGAGCACAAACCAGAUGACGAGAGAGCAAAAGGGUGGGCUCGCAGAAAGUUACCUGUAUCCGUUGGUAAGUACCAGCUCGUCGGAGAUGACAACGCAAGCGAAACUCCAUCCUUCUCUCACCUGAUCAGUCCCACAGUAAGAGGCAGCAAAGACAUUGUCUGUGUGUAUCCAAGGAUCGGAGAAACGUGGGCUCUGUUUAAGAAGUGGGGCAUCAACUGGCCCUCCUCUGGUGGCCGGGGUCAUGAGUAUAAGUACGAGUUCGUUGAGGUCUUGUCGGAAUAUUCCGAAGGGUUGCCUAUAACGGUUGCGUUUCUGCGUAAAGUAAAAGGCUUUGCAAGUGUCUUUCAUCGAGUUGCUGCGGCUGCGUUUCAGAUUCCUCCUCAUGAGUUGCUUAGAUUCUCUCACAGCAUCCCUUCGACUAAACUGACGGGGAGAGAAAGUAGCGGUGUUCCCGUUGGUUCUUAUGAGCUUGAUACAGCUGCGUUACCACAAAUGAUAGAAGAAGGUGGAGAAGAAGCUGUUCCUGUGGUGAGAUCAAACCAAGCUCGCCAUCAUCGCUCUCCUCCGGCUUCACCAGAGCCUGACUGUGUCGUCAUUCCCAACUUCGAGUUCCAUGACUUCACCGCGGAGAGAUCAGAGGGGAAGUUCACAGCUGGUCAGAUAUGGUCGUUGAACUGCAAAGAGGAAGGCUUGCCUAAGUACUACGCCAAGAUUCAGAAGGUGGAGUGGAGGCCAGUGUUUAAGCUUCAGAUCAACAAGCUAGAGCUGGAGUCACUCCCUGAGAAUGUUACACAGUGGAGAGACGAGAGAAUGCCAGUUACUUGUGGGAGAUUUACCUUGAAGGAAAACCAGAGAGAGAUGCUCACUAAGGUGAAUGGCUUUUCGCAUCAGAUAAAGGCACAACAAGAGAGUAGUAACAAAAACAUGUACACUAUCCUCCCCAAGACUGGUGAUAUUUGGGCGAUGUACAAGAACUGGAGCGAUGCAAUCAAAGUGACGAGCUUGAAGAAGUGUGGUUACGAGGUUGUUGAAGUUCUUGACGACGAUGAGAGCCACAUCGAGGUUAUGAUGCUGGAACGGGUGGAUGGGUUUACUUCGGUGUUCAAGGAGAAAGUGGAAGGAGGAGUGGAUGUGAGGAGAACGAUCCCGAGGUGUGAGCUGUUGAGGUUUUCGCACUACGUUCCUGCGUUUAGGCUGACUGGUGAAAGAGGUGGAGCGGUAAGAGGGUAUGUGGAGCUGGAUUGUAGUGCUUUGUCUCGUAACUUGCUCAGAUCUUAGACUAUGUUAAGUCGUUUGGUAGUAGUAGUAGUAGUGGUAAUGGACUUUGCGUUUUGUGCAAGAGUGGCUUAGCUUUUAAUGUUUUAGAUUCAGACGUUAACUUGCAUCGGAUCUGUCUUUUGACUAGAGCUUUAGUCGAUCUGGUGAAAUAUCCUUUUAGCGUA